GGAGGAUACAGUGUGCAAACGUAGGCAAUGUCCCCCGCUGUUCCCCGCUUUCCAGAGUGGAUUUACAUACCCAGAUUUCCGUGGUCGUAGGGAAGCGAAAGAGGAGGGUGACGAACUUGCAAAAACAGACACGACAUACAGCUACCCACUUACCUCAACGCGUUGGAAACUUGCUCGCUAAACAGGCUGGGAGGUUUUCGGACGAGUCGGGAAGCAGUCGACGCCGGUUCGAGGGGCUGUGGCCAUGGCCGGAGGUGGCGGCGGCGGCGGCGGGCUCUCACCACUUGGGCCCGCACCGCCGAUGUGGUAUCACCGGGAUCUCAGUCGAGCUGCGGCCGAGGAGUUGCUGGCUCGCGCCGGGAGGGACGGCAGCUUCCUGGUACGGGACAGCGAGAGUGUCAACGGGGCUUACGCUUUGUGUGUACUGUUUCAGAAGCAUGUCCACACAUACAGAAUUCUACCGGAUGAAGAAGGAUUUUUGGCUGUGCAGACAUCACAGGGCGUCCAGCCCAAGAGGUUUAAAACAUUACCAGAGCUUGUGUCGUUGUACCUGCAGCCCAGUCAGGGUCUGGUGACUACUCUUCUUUAUGCUGUUGACCGAGAGGAAACCGCCAUCCCUGAUGACCGCGACUAUUCAGAUGGCGAGGAUGAAAAACCACCUCUCCCACCUCGCUCAGCCUCCACAUCCACUCCUCCUGUUUCAGACAUACCCUCGGACAGUGCCCCAACAGCGAAUGGUCUUAGUACUAUCUCUCAUGAAUAUCUGAAGGGCAGCUAUGCUUUAGACCUUGAAGCUGUCAAACAGGGAGCCUGCUCGCUGCCCCACCUCAACAAGACACUUGUGGCCUCUUGCAAGCGUCUCAAUGGGGAAGUGGAUAAGGUCCUGUCUGGCCUCGAGAUCCUGUCAAAAGUCUUCGAUCAGCAGAGUGCCUUCAUGGUCUCUAAGAUGAUCCAACAGUCUGUGAAUCAAGGUGGAGAUCAGGAGUUGGAGAACCUUGUGACCAAGCUCGCCAUUCUUAAAGACCUGCUUUCAUCCAUAGAGAAGAAGGCUCUGAAAGCUCUUCAGGACAUGAGCUUGUCCACCUUGUGCUCCCCUCCGCCUCUCUCCAUGCGUCACAGCAAAACUAUCCCUGUGCAGCCAUUCGAGGUCAAACUUGAUGUCUACCUGGCCGAGCUGACCAAGAUAGGGAAGAGUCAGAAAUACACUCUGUCUGUGGAUGUGGAGGGAGGUAGACUGGUAGUAAUGAAGAAGGUGAAGGACAGCCAGGAAGACUGGACAACUUUUACACAUGACAAAAUCCGUCAGCUGAUCAAGUCUCAGCGGGUGCAGAAUAAACUCGGCAUUGUUUUUGAAAAGGAAAAAGACAAGAGCCAAAGAAAAGACUUCAUAUUUGCUAGUGCCAAGAAGCGGGAGGCCUUUUGCCAGUUGCUGCAGCUGAUGAAAAACAAACAUUCCAACCAGGAUGAGCCUGACAUGAUAUCUGUCUUUAUCGGCACAUGGAACAUGGGCUCUGUUCCUGCUCCCAAAUCCGUGGCCUCUUGGGUGUUGUGCCGAGGCCUCGGAAAGACUCUGGAGGAGAUGACCGUCACAAUCCCACAUGACCUGUAUGCAUUUGGCACGCAAGAAAAUUCUGUGUGUGAUCGGGAGUGGGUGGAGUCUUUACGAGCCAUGUUGAAAGAACAAACAGAACUAGAUUAUAAACCGAUAGCAGUGCAGACACUAUGGAACAUAAAAGUCGCUGUGCUGGUAAAGCCAGAACAUGAGAACCGCAUCAGCCAUGUUGGAAUGUCCAGUGUCAAGACAGGAAUUGCCAACACACUUGGUAAUAAAGGCGCUGUGGGUGUUUCGUUCAUGUUCAAUGGAACAUCUUUUGGUUUUGUGAACUGUCACUUGACUUCAGGGAAUGAAAAAAUUGCAAGGAGGAACCAAAACUAUCUUGACAUUUUGCGUCUGCUUUCACUUGGAGACAAACAGUUGAGCUCCUUUGACAUUUCACUGCGCUUUACACAUCUCUUCUGGCUGGGAGACCUCAACUACAGACUUGACAUGGACAUACAGGAGAUCCUUAACUACAUUAACAGAAAGGAGUUUGACCCACUGUUGAAGGUGGACCAACUAAACCUUGAGAGGGAGAAAAACAAAGUAUUUUUACGCUUCGCUGAGGAAGAGAUCUCAUUCCCACCCACCUACCGAUAUGAGCGUGGCUCGAGAGACACUUAUGUAUGGCAGAAGCAGAAAGCCACUGGGAUGAGGACAAAUGUUCCAUCCUGGUGUGACAGGAUCUUGUGGAAGUCUUACCCAGAAACCCAUAUUGUUUGUAACUCCUAUGGAUGCACAGAUGACAUUGUAACGAGUGACCACUCCCCAGUAUUUGGUACAUUUGAGGUGGGCGUAACGUCACAGUUUGUCUCCAAGAAAGGGCUUCCUAAAUCUUCAGAGCAGGCUUAUAUUGAAUUUGAGAGCAUCGAAGCCAUAGUGAAAACUGCUAGUAGAACCAAGUUCUUCAUAGAAUUCUACUCCACAUGUUUGGAAGAGUUCAAGAAGAGUUACGAGAACGACAGUCAAAGUAGCGAUAAUGUCAACUUUCUCCGCUUGGGCUGGUCCAGCAAGCAGUUGACGACACUAAAACCUCUACUGUCGGAGAUCGAAUACCUUCAGGACCAACACCUGCUGCUCACUGUGAAAUCCCUGGAUGGAUAUGAAUCUUACGGAGAGUGUGUCUUAGCUCUGAAGUCAAUGAUUGGCAGCACAGCGCAGCAGUUCCACACCUACCUGUCUCAUCGUGGCGAGGAAACUGGAAAUAUCAGGGGGUCGAUGAGGGUCAGAGUCCCUGCUGAAAGGAUGGGAACCAGGGAAAGACUCUAUGAGUGGAUCAGUGUGGACAAAGAUGAAACAGGUGUACCUAAAGGGAAAUCCCUGUCAUCUAGAGCGGGACACGAAUAUGUGAAGCCACCCAUGGUUCGUAAACAGCUUGGAGAGCUGGGCAAAGUCAGCGAAGAAGGCGAGAAGAGUAGCAAGGAGGAAAUUGCUGCGAGGCCAAAGCAGGAUUCUUCUGAUGGAGAUCAGUCUGUUGGCAAGAACAGCUACAAUAACCCCGCUUACUACAUUUUAGAAGGCGUUCCCAAUCAGUCGGCCGCCGCUCUGUCAUCUGAGCUUCUCCCAUCCCCCACCUCCACCACCCCGCAGGCAACGAAAGCUCCCCCUCCCAUCUCUGUAGCCCGGACCAAACCUCCGUGUGCUCCAACAGGCUCGUCUCAUCCUCGCAGACCCAUGACAGGUCACACGGUGCGUGCCAUCAGUGAGGAGGGGUCCAUAGAGGAUGAUGGGGGAGCUUGUGUGGCAGGGCCACAAGGUGUAGCCACUGUGGGGAGCACACUGAAUCGCCCCCCUCCAGAUUUUCCACCCCCUCCGCUCCCAAAGGGAGCCAUGGAAAUGGCCAUGGAGGCAUCUUUCCUGAUGCCCCGCUCGCUUCACCCAGAUCUCGCUGAGGUCAAGAUCCCUGCGGCAGGUUCCGGUGCACCGCUGGCACUCGGGGAAAGCUUCCGACGAGGAGGUUGCGCCGUUGCCAGUGGGCCCAUCGGCGGCGGGGCGUUGGACGACCAGUCCUGUUCUGUGCUUCAGAUGGCAAAGACGCUGAGUGAGACCGAGUUUCCAGGGCAGCCUCCACGCGCUCCCUCGGCACCCCCUCCCCUCAGGGGGCAGGCCAUGGGUUUAAGUCUGGACCCCUGCCGAACCUUCCCACCCAGAAAUGCCAUCGCUGAAAGUAUUGCUGAGGAUCUUCCCGAAGAGGCCCUUUGGGGUAGCAGCAGCUCGUCUUUGUCUGUGGGGGACUCUUCAGUAGGGGAGUGGCUGCAGAGACUGGGACUUGAGAGGUAUGAGCAAGGCCUCCUGCACAACGGCUGGGAUGACCUGGAGUUUCUUAGUGACAUCACAGAGGAGGACCUGGAGGAGGCAGGAGUACUUGACCCCGCCCACAAGUGCAUCCUUCUGGAGAGUCUCAGGCAACAACAAAAACUGUAGUAAAAGUGUCCAAGGACUUUCCAAAGCACUCAGACAGUAUGUGGCCUUCCCGCAAGGCCAAGAGUCAGCAGAAGUAAAUGGGAAUGUGCCAUUUGACGUCCAACGUGCCUUCUGAGAGAGCGCUCACUUCCUUAUUUACUCUGGAUUUGCUGACAGCAUCCUUUUUCAAAUAUACUUUAAGUGCUCGCUGUUGACACGGCUUUAUUUAAAGGUCAGUGAAUGCUGCGGAAAUACAGGAGAUUUUAUUGUCGCGAGAAAGAAAUCGCACAGUUCUCGAGAAGAAUCCUCAUAGCCGUUAUGUCAUUACAUCUAUAACUGCUGACCUGAGCAACCUCAACUGCAGAGCAAAUAUUGAGGGUUCUUCUGCCAGCAUUUUGACAUUCAAUCCUUAUACGGCCUUCUACACUCUUGACGGAAUUCGUAGGCUGAGUCUCAGGUAUUUCCCCGCAAAUGGUCGUAACCUAGAAGUCAUGUGAGAGGAAGUCAGACCAGUUAAAUGUCAGGCCACAAAGAGCCAAACAGCUAGUGGCAGCUGCACUAGGAUGGUGCGGAAAGGACCCAAGUCAUGAGACCUGAACUCAUACUUCACUUUAAGUGUUUCACAAUAUUUAGUUUUGUUUCAUCUUGUAAGGGUAAAGGGAACAUGGUGCACACAACAUCAGCGGCGUGUGAUACUGUAUUCCAACUUGCUUGUGACACCAAGUAAAGUUUCUUUGUUCGGAAAGGGACAGCACUAGGCAAUCGGUUAACGUUUUCUUGACAUUUUGUGAGCUUCAUCUCACAUUUCAAUGUGAAAUAGAGCGGUUUUUACCGAAUUAAGCCAAGUAGGUUCACUAACCUGUACAUACGAUCUGAUUUAAUAGACUUUAGUUUUGUCUGGCAGGAACCACUGGUCAGCCUAAAAAUCUUUUCAAACUGAAUAUUUUACAAGAAACUUAAGUCGUCGUUUGCACCCUAAGAAAAGGUUGCGUGGUAAGAGGAGUCAGCGGAAAGGAAUUUCUUUGCUUAUUUGGCUUUGGUGAUUUAACCACUAGAUGGUGCUGCUACACCAUUAGCCUUGAACAGCUCGUGACCGGAAUCCUGAUAACAUUGUUUUGUACACUCAUCAGUGUUCUGUCCGCCUUUAAAAAAUAUAUAUAUAAAUAAAAGUAUAUUUAUAUACCGUUACCAGGCCAAGUUAUUUGGACAUGCUUUAAACUAGUAGCUUUUCUAAAAGCCAUUGUAGUGUUAUAGGGGAUCCGACAGGGGGCUCAGCUAAUCAAAUUAUCACGCUCUGCUCCGAGUUCACUUGCUUCCACUUGUGGCCUACAAGAAUACUGUACUUCAAAUGUUAACCGUUAUGUGAUUGUACCAGUUUGUAUACUUUAUGUACAAAUCAGAUUGGUUACAUAUUGUCCUAAUUCAAAUCCUUGUUUAAAAAGGCAAAAGUUUGUCACAUUUAACUUUACCCACCGUUUGUGGUUGUAUGAGUACGUAUGUAUUGUUUGCAUAUACGGUAGUCUCAUCUGUUGGUUGUGUUAACUUAAUGACAAUUGUGUAGCCGCAUAAUUUUUGUUUCAAUUAAAAUUUAACAUGUUUCCUUACUUUCAUGUUUCUUUUGUGUCAUCAGAAAAGCAGAGAUGACUCCGUGGACGUGAAAUCAUGGGUGUCGCCAGACAUAUUUCACUGGAGCACGUGCCCCAGUCUUGAUCUGCAGUUCCCCAGUAUAUAUUUCUCCAGUAAAAAAAUUAAGUAGGAGUUUUAAGUAUAUAGCAAUAUCUACAGCAGGGGCGUCACAAGGUUUUAAGAACGGGGGGGCUUAGGAGUUACACAUGAUGGAAAUGAACGGCGUGUACAAACACAAAAGUUCACA